AAACUUUUAGUUCACUAGAAACUGUGUUGUUUGUGCUGAAAACAGUGUUUGAUUUUCGUGACAAUUUGUUUUCAACCGUGGCGACUUCGUUCGCAGGCUUUGGGCUUUUUGACAAGCUAAAAUGGCGGCGUCUUUUGAACUCAAGUUGUUUUGGAUUUUAUGUGUCUUUUUACAAUAAUUUGUGCCUAUAUUUAACUACAUUUUAAGUGAAUAUUGUGAUGUAAAAGUCUUUCAAUAUGGAUCACAACUUGGACGACUCCUUGAACUUAGAGAGUGCUAUAGGAGUGGACUUCGAUCACUCUCAAGACAACGUUGUGAGUCAAGCAGACAUUUCACUGGGUGCAGAGGUCCACGAUGGAGGCAUUCCAAUGGAAUUUGGGCAUAUUGAGGAGCAACCGAUGCUUAUGGACACCGGGAACGAAGAAAUCAUUGUUUCAGAUUUCAUGGGGGAACAAUUCACACUGCAAGAGUACUCCACGCAGGAUGACCAGAUGGCUUCGAUUACUCCUAAUAAUGACGCACAAGAGGUUCUCACUUCGCAAUCGGAGUCAAUGAUAGAUCUGCAGUUUGAACCGCAAGCCAUUUCAGUAUCAGCUACGUCAGAUGUAGUUACAUCAGAUGUUCACAUGCAACCCAAGAUUAUUGCCGUCAAGGCAUCAACACCAACAUUGCGACCAAUCGCAGCAAAAAAAGAAGCGGUAGUGUUCUCCAGUGCAGUACCGCGGCAAAUAGCUAUAGCGCCUAAACCGCCGCGGCUUGACAUGGCAAAGAAACAGUCACUAAUACAAGGCAACAAGCAAUACGCCAUUGCUCCUAAACCCAUGUCAUUGGUUGGCAAUAAGUCCAUUAGCUUGGUGAAGAAAGUCACGCCUGCUGGUGUGCAGGCUACUUCUAAAGGCAAUACUGUAUUAGCGCAAAUUGGCAAGCAGCUGGUUAUGGUGCCGGCGACCGGACAGAAGAUCAAACUAGUGACGGCCGGUCCGGGUGUGCCCACUGUGCGCCUGCUCGGCGCUGCUGACGCAGAACAGGCACAACUGAUCACAUCUACUCAAGGAGGAAAAACCGUUAAAGUCCUACUUCAAGGCCAGCAAAGCGAGGGCGCGACAGGGCAGACGCCCAUCAUCACCAAGGUAGCGGGCGGCACAGCGGCCACGCGACUUGUUGCUAUGCAGCAGAAGACGGUGCCUAUCUCCAUCGGCAAUAAUAAGAUGCUGUUGACGUCUCCAACGAAAUCUGGUAUGAAAAUCACAAAGAAACAUCAAGUGAUUACAAUCAAAUCGCCAACGCCCAAAUUGUUACCCGCAUCGACCACACCAGGGCCUGCUACAAAAAAACUCGUGAUAACGACAAAUCCACAGAACGUGAUAUUGAAAACAACACAGUCGGGCACUCUUGCGCAAGUCAGUCAAAUUCCAAAAAACGCAAAAUCUCAAUUGCAUCAAAUUAGUGUUCCAGGAAAAGGCGUACAAUACAUACGCCUAGUGACGAAUCCGACAUCAACUGCCAAAACAACGGCCAUUAAAACCAGCACUGCAACAACUUCCAAAACUUUUGUUCUUACUGAUAGUAAAGGUAACUUGAUACAGAUGAGUGCAGAUAAGAUGGGCUCACAGCCCCCGCCUUUAGUCGUCACCAGCAGCGCCAUACAGAAAAUAACUUCGAAGCCGCAACAGAAGUUAGUCCGAAUAGCGCCCGUCUCGAAACCCACACACGCAACCAUGCAGCAACAUUCUCGCGGGCAGAGCUUGCUGGCUCCCCUGUCCCCCGCGGUGGCCGAUCCUGUGACCUUGCAAGACGUGAGCGAGAUCUUGGAACAACGCGGCAUCACACCAGAAAGCGCCUCGCCGCGUGACCUACCGUCUCUCGACGACACGGAGCCUGAGCAUCAUGAAGACAUACACACUGAAGAUCAUCACGAACCGGAGAAACACUAUGAACCAGAUUCGAAAGCAGCAUUGCGCGCGUUAAUAGCCGACGCAGUGGGCGAGGACGCCAAUGAGCAAAGCUCAUCGCCGACUCGUGAGUCACACGAUGACAGUCACAUGCACGACAAUAGUCGAAUACACAACAGCGGCCUCAUGCACGAUAAUCUGCACGAUGUCCAUGAAGCUGUUGAGUACGACAGGGUACAGACCGAGGACAGUAGCAGCGCGGAGCAGGACCACCCGCUGAUCGUCGUUCCGUCAUUCAUGAAGCGAGACCACUCGUUGCCCUCGGACCAUGCCGCUUACAUCACGGAUGACGCAAGACGAAUGAACAACAACGUGUUAAAUGUGGAAGUGGAGUCUUUCAACCCUUAUCAAUCGCCCGACACGCCGCCAGCUCUCUCAGAAUCAGAUCUAGUAUCAACAGACCUAGGUCUUCGGCCGCGUAAGGCGUGCAACUGCACGAAGUCGCAGUGCCUGAAGCUUUACUGCGAUUGCUUCGCCAACGGGGAGUUCUGCAACGGAUGCAACUGCACCAAUUGCCAUAACAAUCUCGAGAACGAAGAGUUGCGACAGAAGGCUAUAAGGGGAUGCCUCGAUAGAAAUCCGAAUGCGUUUAGACCCAAGAUCGGAAAAUCGAAAAGUGGCGGGCCCGAGAUCGUUCGGCGACAUAAUAAGGGCUGCAACUGCAAGAGGAGUGGCUGUCUUAAAAAUUACUGCGAGUGCUACGAGGCGAAAAUCGCGUGCACGUCGAUUUGCAAGUGCGUGGGGUGCCGCAACGUGGAGGAGACGCUGGAGCGCGCGCGGCGGCACGUGCAGUCCGCGAGGAACGACGCCGGCCGCCGUGCGCAGCCGCCGCACACGCACGACGCCGCGCCCGGGCCGCCAACCAGCCUCAAGCAACCAUGUAGCUUCAUGACAUCGGAAGUGAUAGAAGCAGUAUGCCAGUGCCUCUUGGCGGCGGCGGUCGACACCGGCGACAGCGACGCAACGGCAGAGGCGCGCGAGCUGGACGGUGCUGACCGCGAUCCCGUGCGUGACGUCAUCGAAGAGUUCGCGCGCUGCCUGCAGGACAUCAUCAGCGCCAGCCAUCAGGCGCAGCCGUUGUCGUUGCUAGACGAGACUCACGCCUGAUGUUUCUUCGCGUGGAUGAUAUAUUCGCGAUAUGCCAUUUAUUCCAAAAGUGAUAUUAUAAUUGUAACGCAUAUUAUACAGUUUUACGAAUAGGACCUUUUAGCACGCGUUAGUCAUUUUUGUUAGUCAUUCUAUAUCAGUGAUACUUACUAAUAUCCACUUUAUACAUUCAUGAAUAAUACUUAUUAAUAACAUAUGAACUGGGGUGGGUUCUAUAGGACCGGUGUUGCCAGAUUGUUACAUUUCUUACGUAACUUUUCUAAAUGACUUACUAGAAUAACUCUUGGUUUUAAAGCAAUUUUCGUAACUUUUGAGGACGUUGAGUUUUUAAAUUCAAGUAUAUUUGUUAUUGUACAUCCUAAUACUUAAUUUACGAACGCACCCAAAUUAGACUAUUAGUAACUCAGAGAUGGCGCAAACAAAAUGAAAUCAAUCAAUUA